AUGGAGAGCGGCGGGGCGUCGGAGCUGUGCUACCCGCAAGUGAACGCCUCGUGCAGGACGCCCACGCAGCCGCCCGGCCAGGCCAUGCUGGUCUACGUGCUGCUGUCCUCCAUCUCCAUCGUCACCGUGGCUCUCAACCUGCUGGUCAUCUUCUCCAUCUCCUACUUCAGGCAGCUUCACACGCCCACCAACCUCCUCCUGCUCUCGCUAGCCGUGUCCGACCUCCUGGUGGGCCUCCUGCUCAUGCCCGUGGAGAUCGUCUACAUCGAGGCCUGCUGGUUCCUGGGCGACGUGGCGUGCACACUGUACUACGUAGCCGACUACGUGAUCACGUCGGCAUCGGUGGCCAACAUGGUGCUCAUUUCGGUGGACCGCUACGUGGCCAUCUGCCAGCCGCUCUCCUACCCGAGCCGCAUCACCAGGAGGCGGGUGCAGAUCUGUGUGGGCUUGUGCUGGCUUUGCUCCGUGGUCUACAGGCUGGCACUGCUCCAUGACCACCUGGAGGAACCGGGCAGGUCCAUCUCCUGCCUGGGGGAGUGCGUGGUGGUCAUCGCAAACGUGGCCGGCUGGGUGGACCUGGUCUUCACCUUCGUCCUGCCCAUAGUGGUCAUCCUGGCGCUCUACUUGAGGGUGUUCGGCGUGGCUGUGGCUCAGGCCCGCGUCAUGCGCUCCCACGUGGGUGCCGGUCAGGCCCGCCGUGUGAAGAAGAGCGAGAUGAAAGCAGCCAGGACCCUGGGCCUCGUGGUGGCGGUCUUCCUCAUCUGCUUCUGCCCCUACUACUCGCCCACCAUGGCGGGCGAGGACACUGCCCUGGACGCCGCCUCGGCCGCCUUUGAGAUAUGGUUGGCCCACUUCAACUCCUGCCUGAACCCCAUCAUCUACGCCCUCUUCUACCCGUGGUUCCGCAAGUCCGUGAAGCUCAUCGCCACGCUGCAGAUCCUCAAAGCCGGCUCCAGAGAUGCUAAGAUACUGUAG